AAAAUUUGCAUCCCACGAGAGGCAUGGGCUCGGAGCCCACCAAUCAGAUCCAUCACAGAUUCACGUCACAACUCUGUAGCUCUGGGCUUCUUGGCGGAGAAAGAGAGAGAGGGAGAGGUGGGCGUACCGCCACACUUCUCCAUGCCUCGUUUGAUUAGUAUUUCAAUUCCCCAGGUCGUAUUCCCGAGGAGACAAUGAUUAGGUAUUUGCAGCUCGGGGUCUCCCUCUCCCCUCUUCAAAAGUGGAAGACCCAUCUGCUCGUCUCCUCCCUGUUGGUACCAUCUACUUCCUCGGCUGCGUCACAUCUUGGGCUCUUCUCGCCUCCCCUUUUGCCUCUGAACAGGCGUUACUACAGGCACCAUCCGUUACAGAUGUCUUCCAGCUUCUCCCCAUCGAAUCAUGACUCCGAUAUCGCCUCCUCCUCUUCUUCGUCUUCUUCCACCAUCCUGACACCACCAAUGGUACACAAGCCAAAGACUAAAUUUUGUCAAUCAUGUGGAGGCCAAACUAAGCUUGUGGUGCCUGAAGGUGAAGAGAAGCUCAGAGCUGUUUGCACUCUCUGCAAUAAAAUUUACUAUGAAAACCCAAAGAUGGUUGUUGGCUGCUUAGUUGAACAUAAUAAUAAAGUUUUGCUCUGCAGACGGAAGAUUGAACCAUCAUAUGGGCUUUGGACACUUCCUGCAGGGUACAUGGAACUUGGUGAAUCAGCAGCAGAGGGGGCGGCUAGAGAAACACUGGAGGAAGCAUGUGCUGAAGUGGAAGUGGUCUCACCAUUUGCCCAAUUAGACAUUCCUCUUAUUGGCCAAAGCUACAUCAUCUUCCACGCAAAAUUGAAGAAACCACAUUUUUCUCCAGGACCUGAGUCACUUGAAUGUGCAUUAUUUGACCUCCAUGAUAUACCAUACGAUUCACUUGCUUUCUCUUCAGUUUACGUUACUCUGAAAAUGUAUGCUGAUGAUAUCAAGAAUGGAAAGAUCAAGUUUCACUAUUGCACCAUAAAUAAGAGGCCAGGUGCAAGUCCAUCGGAUACACAAAGCUUUGCAGUCUGCAACCAUUUAUGCAUGUAAAUUAAUUUUGCUACCGGUGUUAUGGUGGAGAUCUAUAGCAAGGAUGGUCAGCUCUGACACGUGCAUUUGAUCGUUAGUUCAGUAACCUGCAGGCUUACCAUGAUGAGAUGUUGGAAGUUUUUCUAUUGGUCUCCGGCACAAAAUUAGGUAGCUUUUGCCAGAACGUUGACUUUUUUUUUCCUUGAUUCUGUAAGUACUUGCACCAAAAUACAGCAUUCACAUGGCUUCUUUGCAGUAUACUGGCUUUCAGGGAGUUAUUAGACGUGGCUUCACUUUGGUUUUGGUAUAAGCAUUUACUUGUGCUCUUCCAUUUC